UUCUUCUGAGAGCUAGCUAGCCUCCAGUGAUUGAAAUCAAUAAAAACAGUCGGCAUGGGGCCCAGUGGGGGAAGAGAGAAAUCUCUACUACAGCAUUCAGUUUGCUUUCCACUUUCUCCGUCUUCCUAAAGUUAAACUUUGAACACCAAGACAAACUACUUCAUUUUCAGCAUUCAGAAGAUUUUGAAGGGGUGGGGGGAAGACAGCGUUUUAAUUUUCCUUCUGCUUUCUGUGCUCCCUCUGCUCUCUUACGGAGUUCAGAAAAUGAAAGGGUUGUUUUUAAUUUGAAUCCCGCCAGGAAGAACUUCUACAGACAAGUGCAUCAUCCUACACUUCAGAAAAGGGAUGAAUUUUACAGUGAAAGGAUGUUAAGUGGUGAAAGAGAAAAGAAAAAAUGAAAACUUAUUCAGCAAAAAGUACACUCACUGGAUAAAACGUCAACCACUGCUGUGAAACCUUCUGAAACUGCAUUCAAAAGAGUAAGACCAGUACAAUACAUAGUCUAAAGCAGCUGAAACUUAUAAAAAUACAUGCUCAACGCAAAAGACAGGAUCACAAGGAAAAUAGAGGAGAAAUGAGACAUUGGAGAUUCUGCUGAACUUAUUCUGAAAAAGCUUCCAAUACCAGCAAAAUGUUUCUGCCUGCUAUCAAGAAAUCCAUUUGCUACAGCCUCAAACAACAGGGUUGUUCUUACCGGAAAAGCUGGUAACCAGAAGAGAAGAUACAAAAGUUAAGAUCACUAUGUGGAGGUGUGACGCUUUCAAUGGUACCAAGAACAGCGAGAACCAGCAUCUCUGCCAUGACUUCCAUCUGGUUCUUUUCAUCUUUUCCCUACUCUACCUCAUCAUCUGCUUUCCAGUUGGCCUUUGUUACAAUGCCCUGCUGGUCCUAGUUAAUCUCUGUAACAAAGCAACUAUGACAAUGCCUGAUGUUUACUUUGUCAAUAUUGCAAUUGCUGGUCUCAUCAUCAGUGCCAUGGCACCAAUGUACCUUCUAGGACCUGCCAAUACAAAAUGGGCCAUCUGGAAUUUUAACAAUGAAGUUUAUAUUACAUUACUCAUUUUAUUCAAUAUUUCAUCUUUAGUUAUCAUGUACUCUACUACAUUGCUCAGCCUGGACUACUACAUUGAACGUGCUUUACCAAGAACUUAUAUGUCAAGCGUGUACAACACAAAACAUGUCUGUGGGUUCAUCUGGGGAGGAGCUAUGCUUACAAGUUUUUCAUCUCUCUUAUUCUACGUCUGCAAUCAUGUAUCCACUAAAAUAAUUGAAUGUUCCAAGAUGCAAAACAAAGAAGCAGCAGACGCCAUUAUGGUUUUUAUUGGGUAUGUCGUACCAGCUAUUGCUGUACUGUAUGCAUUUGUGUUAAUUUUGCGAAUACGUAAUGAGGCUACAUCACUGGAUCAAGACACUGGAAGAUUAGAUCCUUCAGUGCACAGGCUUUUGAUUGCUACAGUCUGUACACAGUUUACAUUAUGGACACCCUACUAUGUAACUCUUUUGGUAAACACAUUUAUUAAUGCGCAAGGAAAACUUACAGAUGAGAAUUACAUCCGAGUAUUACCUUUUAUCAAGAGUGUAUCGAAAUUGUUGGCUUUCUCAAGUAGUUUUGUAAUGCCUCUACUGUACCGAUAUAUUAACAAAAACUUUCCCCACAAAUUACGACGGCUGCUUAAAAGAAUGCACUGUGGAAAUCAAGGAUGUUCUCAUGAUCGCACAGUAGUACAGCAAGUUAUAACGUAGGUAUGAAAGAAUCUCAUGGUGCUCAAUUACUGCAGUACUUUGUAUACUGUACUCAGUAUGUGACAAUGUUUUGUUGAUUCUUAAAGAUCAUUUAUAUGGGAGCACCUAGCAAGGAGACUUGAAAAGAGCUUCCAUUAUAACUAAAUGAUUUACAGUUUAAACCUACAGAUAGUAAAAAUGGUUGCAAAAAAAUCCCUUAAGAGUCUGUCUACAUGUUAUAAUACUUGUGUUUUCCAGUAUUUUCAAUGCACUGAGUCCAUUAAAAAGCAUAAGCUUUGUCUUCACAGUUCUAAUAAUCCUGUCUGAAGAAAUCACUAAGGGGUUAAAUGAAGCCUUGAUUGAAUACACAGCACUGUUAUCUUAUACAGGAAAAAAGUAUUUUACUCUCCAUAUAAAGGAACACAAUUGUUUUAAUUUUAAAAGUAGAGCUAUUCUUGGUGGUGGCGAAGACAGCAUAUUUUCAAUGAAGAUGAUCUCUGUUAAAGAUCAGUCUGUUCAACUAUAUAAGUUUUAAUAGUGAAAUGUUAAUUAUAAGUUACUUUAGUAUUUAAUUAAUUUGCUGCUUCUCCCUUUCCCAAAGAAGGGAAAAGGAACCUAAAAUGCAAUUCUAAGAAAGGAUAUUCUCAUGCAGACUUAGCUAUAUUUUAAUAUCUUUGACAAAUCAAAUUUUAGAUGUAACAAUUAACAAACAUGCAUUUAAGUCUUCAUUGCUCUCUGUGUAUCAUAAAAACAUUUCAGUGAUUCAGAAAUAUUUAUUAACUAUUUUAAGGGAACGAAGAGAUAUUUGCCCUGCAUAUUAAAACGAAGGAUACAAUGGUUCAUGAAGUUAGAGUGAAAGUAAAAUGUACAUGGUUGAAGAAUGUCUGGCUAAGUGUUAUGGUCCACAAAAGUUCAUGUAACUAGAGUGAAUUAUUUUAAACAAAUAAAUAUGUUUCUAAUGAA